AUGUACGAUCUACAUGGUUAUACUAAAGUACAAGCAUGUCAAAUAGUAAAUAAUGUAAUCUUACAAUGUUUUGAACUAAACAUAAGUUCAAUCAACUUUAUUACCGGAAGGGGAAAUCAUCCAAAUACGAAUGGACAACGAGGAGUGCUUUUCAAAAAUUUUAAGAAUUGGCUUAAAGGUGAUGAGAUUAAAAAGUUGAUUAGAACUUGUAAAGUUGGAGAUGGAUCUUACAAAGUUUAUCUAAAUAUUAAUAGAAAGGAUAAGAAUAAGAGGAAGAAUAAGCAAGUUUCGAUGAAAGUUGUAAAUGAUAAAAAUGAAUCGAUUAAGGAAAAUAAUAUUUUGAUGACCCAAAUUACGGAUAUCCUUUCUAUUAAGAAUGAUUUAGACACGUCGUUGAUUAUAAAAGAUACCCUGAUAGAUAGAAAAGAAUCAAAUUUUUUAAUCGCGAAAGAAGAAACAAAUCUUUCAUUCAUUAGAAAAGAAGAGUUUAGAAUUCCUGUAGUUACGGAAGAAUUAAUUAUUCCUGUAAUUACAGAGAAAGAGUUAAAAAUUCCCAAAAUUACAGGCAAUUCUGUAGAUACGGAAGAAUUAAACCUUAAUCCCUUCAUUAGUCAAGAAAACAUGAAUCCAUCGUUACCAGUUAGUAAUGAAGAAUUCAAUAUGUCCUCAAGUUAUAAAGUUGAAAACAUCGCUUAUUUGAAUUCGAAUGCACAACGUUUCCCCACAUCUAUUGCAUUGAUAAGUUUCAAAGGAGUUGAGACGUCAUACGAUCCGAUGAAAUCAUUUCAUUGGCGACUAGCAGCAAAUCCACUCAUUACGUAUUGGAAGUUAGUUAAGAGAUUUUUCCCUUCCAAAAUAUUUGAUAUCGGGUGUAUUUUAUUAAAAGAAAAUGAGAAAGUAGGAAUUAAAUUAAUUCAAGAAGCCGCAGAAAACGAAUAUGGAAAAGCCCAACUUUAUCUUGGAGGGGCAUAUAUAGAAGGACGCAUAUUCGAAAGAGAUUACAACAAGUCUUUUGAAUGGAUUUUAAGAUCUGCUCGUAAUAAUAAUAUUGAAGCAAAAUUUUAUCUUGGAUGUAUGUAUAAAUUUGGAAUUGGAUGUGAAAAAGAUUACAAUAAAUCAUUGUGUUGGUUUAUUAAAUAUGCAAAGCAUAAUCAUUCAGAAGCGCAAUUUUUCUUGAGAUAUCUGUAUAGAUUUGGUCAAGUUGUUCAAUUAACUCAAAAAGAUGCUCUAAAUUGGUUUAUAAUUUCAGCUGCAAAUGGACAAGUUAAUGCACAGUAUAUCCUUGGACAAAUUUAUGAAAUAGGUUUAUUAGGCGCGAAAGUAAAUGGAUUAAUAUCUUUAGUGUGGUAUAUUGAAUCAGCGAAACAAGGACAUUCGUUAGCGAGAUAUCGAUUUUCAAAGAUUACCCAAUCUGAAAUUAAUUCUCAGAUUAAAUCCCAGCAAUUCACAAAGAACUUCUUCUUGAAAAUCAAGUAG